AUUGUGCCUUAUCUCUAACGUUUCUUGGGACGUGGCUGCUCUGAUUUAUAAAGUAUAUCUGCGCUUCCUGUCCAGUGACCGAACAGUCACCGUUUGGCUUCGUGCUUUCGUCCGAUUAAUGGUGACAUUUCACUGCAGAUAUGUGCAACUGGCAACACUGCACACUUCACACGUUCCCAACGAGGCUUCGUGGACUGUAGAAGAAGAAGAAGAAAACCCCAAAACGGCCCAACACACUGGUCGGACUCGACCCCUGCUGCAGCCACGUUGGAGGCGGAGCUUCACGCGUGACCAGGCCGGGUCAGCUCACGUUGUUGUGCGUCUCUGCUCGCCGCCGGUGCGGUUGCCCGAUAGUCUCUCUCUCUCUCUCUCUCUCUCUCUCUGUGUGUGUGUGUGUGUGUGAAUGCGGGGCCCGCGCUGAGGAAGUGAGAUGUGAAGAUCGCGGCGGCCGGCUGCACAGCGACGUCCUCUCCGCUCCGCCCCGCGCCCCGGGACCAUGACGCCCGCACAGCGAGUGGUCGCGCUGCCGCGGCAGCAGUCGCUGCUCCUGCCCGCCGUCAUCAACCCGUUCGUGCAGGACACCAAGCUGUCCAGGGCUGCCAUACUGAAAUGUGUCCUCCUGGGGAUCUUCCUGGUCCCCAUUCGAGCCAUCCUGCUGUCCCUGGUUCUCAUGGUGACCUGGCCCGUGGCCGUCAUCAUCACCUUCAAGCAUCCUCUGAAAGGUGCCGUGGAGCCAAUGACAGGCUGGAGACGGUUCAUGUGUCGGAGGUUGAUGGCCGCCUUGGGGAGGACUUACUAUUUCUGCAUGGGCUUCAGAGUGGUGGUCAAGGGCAAGCAGGUCAGCAGCAGUGAGGCCCCCAUCCUGGCUGUGGCCCCCCACUCCACCUUUUUUGAUGGCAUCGUGUGCAUAGUCGCCGGCCUGCCCUCCACCGUCUCCCGCGUCGAGAACCUGGCAACACCCAUCUUUGGCAGGUUCGUGCGCUGCCUCCAGCCAGUGCUUGUGUCCAGAAAGGACCCAGACUCGAGGAAGAACACAAUCCAAGAGAUUGACAGCAGAGCCAAGUCAGGAGGCCGCUGGCCACAGGUUCUCAUAUUUCCAGAGGGAACGUGUACAAAUCGCUCAUGUCUUAUCACUUUCAAACAAGGUGCCUUUAUCCCAGGGGUCUCUGUGCAGCCUGUGCUUAUGAGGUACCCCAACACACUGGAUACAGUGACUUGGACUUGGCAGGGGUUCAGCUCGAAGACUCUGCUGCUUCUAACACUGUGCCAGCUGUACACCACAGUAGAGAUAGAGUUCCUGCCGCCGUACAUACCCAUAGAGGAGGAGAAGAAAACCGCGCCUCUGUUUGCCAGCCGAGUGCGAGAAACUAUGGCGCAUGCUUUGGGAGUUCCAGUGACAGACCACACAUAUGAAGACUGCCGUCUUAUGAUCUCUGCCGGCGAAAUGACUCUGCCCAUGGAGGCCGGCCUGGUUGAGUUCACCAAAAUCAGCCGCAAACUCCAUCUGAAGUGGGACAAUGUGCGAAAGGAACUGGAGGGCUUCGCGGCCAUGGCCAGCUCCUGUAAGGGAGGACGGAUCACUAUUGAGGAGUUUGCCAGAUUCCUGAAGCUCCCCGUCAGCCCGGUCCUCGAGGAGCUGUUUGCACUGUUCGACAGGAACGGCGAUGGCACUAUCGACUUCAGAGAGUACGUGAUCGGCGUGACCAUCUUGUGUCGACCAGCCAACACCGAAGAUGUUCUACAAAUGGCUUUCCGGCUGUUUGACACGGAUGAGGACGAGAAGAUCACCCGAGAGGAGUUCACGGCCCUGCUGCGCUCCGCUCUGGGUGUGUCGGACCUAAACAUGACCAAGCUCUUCAAGGAGAUCGACGCUGACUGCUCUGGUUUCAUCACCUUCAGUGAAUUUCAAGCCUUCGCCACGAGCCACCCGGAGUACGCCAAGCUCUUCACCACCUACCUGGAGCUUCAGAGAUAUCAAGCGAUCCAGGAGGCGUUGCCCGGUGAUCUGGAACUGGCCGGUCAGACCAGUUCAGGCGAGAAGCAGGAGGACAGCACCUCCGACAAGAAAGAUGACUGAGACCGACGACGACGACAGCACGACCCGUCUCGACUGCGCCGAGAGACAGACAACUCUACGGACUGCACUGAGAAGGGAAAGGCAGCGGAGUCAAGUCGUUUGCUACAGCAGAGCCAUGUUAUGGAGUCUUUUCUAUUUUCAAUUUUAGUGCCUUAUAGAGAUUUUAAAGAAUUACUACCCAAGUCACUGCACAACAAAUGUCUCAUAGCCAGAGGCUGGUAUUGCUUUUACCAUGUGUGUGUUACAUGUCCGUUAGAACAAAGAAAAACAAAUCAAAUGCAGAAACUUGUUCUAGUGAAAUGUGUAAACCCUGCAAUCGGUAGAGUUCUAAUGUUAAUAAUAGUGUUUUAUACUUAAAUAUUUUUUACAGAUCAUCAUAAAAACUCAUCUCUAUGUUUCUUACUUAUACACACACCAUUCUCUGUAGCCUGAGCGUACCCUCGCUUGGACUUAGAUGAACUUAGCGCUGUGUUGUACCUUAUCCGUUGCCUCUGUGGUCUUCUGUACAUGAGGGGGGAAAUUUGCCAAACACAAGACGAUUUUUUGUGUGAUAUGAGCAAAGCGCCCUAAUGUUUCUGCGUUGCCGUAUAAUUAGUGUACAGUGAGCUUUAUUAAGAUCUAGCCAAUCUGGCAACAUGCAGAUGCUCUGCAUUGUCUACCAAGAGCGAACACGCUGUGCGUUACACUUUGUUUUUCUUCCUGCGCUCAGGGACACGGACCUAACACGGAUGUAUAAUUAGCCAGAGGUUUUGCUUUGCAUGUGUAUCUAUUUGCAUCUCUACCCGGGCUUUUGUUUUUGCUGAGACAGCAGCGAAUCCAUGCAGCUUUGAGUUUACUAAAACAAAUCAAGCAUUGGAAAUUAGGGCAAUUUGUGAGCAAAAAGGCAACAGUGCUCAUUUCACAACAGCAUGUUCCGGGGGGGGGUCUGCUUUCAGAUUAACUAGCACCACUGUUAUUUAUUUAACAAGGUGGAGUGCAAUUAGGUGAUUUUUUUCUUCUUUCUUUAUAGCUAACUCUGCCAAGUUUGAAUUUUAAAAUAAAACAAGGACACCAUUUUAACUCUU